CUCGUGGGUGACGUUCGCUCUCGCCGUCACCACCGUCGCUCUGUCCACGCUCGGUCGAGCUCGCAUCAGUCGCGUUCCGCCCGUCCUGAGAUUCGUCUGCAUCGCGGCUCCUCCACGCGUCCGUCGCUCAUCGCACGCGGUGCCGACUUGUCUGUUCGUAGUUCAUAGUCAUAACUCUUUCUGUUCCUACACACGUGCCGUCUUCGCGUGCGUCACGCGCGGUCCUCGCAGCGGUGCGCAGCUUCCGAAAUCAUCGUCAGGACGAACGCAGCUUCUUCUGCCGAAAAACAGCGGGUCACGAUUAGAAUUUCCAGACGACAAUACGACUAUUCCAAACCGCUCAACACAUCCCGGAAACCUCUUGAUCUGCCAGAUCGGAACAAGUGCUAAGAGUUGAACGAUCGACGCCGAAAAUUGUCAACCAUGAACGGAGUAUCGAACAAGUGCGCGAAGCUAAAGAUGUAUGAUGGGGAGGAUGACAAUUCGGUAAUGAUUAAAAAGCCCCUACCACUGAGGGCAGUUUCGUGGAGCGACAACAUUGAGGAAACCGACCUGGACGUUCCCGGAACACCCAGAACACCGCGUACGUCCACGACAAAAGGCCACGAAAAGUGUAUGUUCCAUCACGAUUUGGAGUUGGACCAUCAACCACCCACGCGAGAGGCAAUGAUACCUGAAAUGUCCCGAAGUUAUAAGCUACUCCUGAGCUCGCUGGGAGAAGAUCCGGAACGACAGGGACUUUUGAAAACGCCGGAACGCGCUGCGAAGGCCAUGCUCUUCUUCACCAAAGGAUACGAUCAGAGUCUUGAAGACGUAAUUAACGACGCAGUAUUCGACGAGGAUCAUGAUGAGAUGGUGGUGGUCAAAGACAUAGAAAUGUUUUCCAUGUGCGAACACCAUUUGGUACCGUUCUACGGCAAGGUGUCGAUCGGUUACCUUCCUUGUAAGAAGAUACUGGGCCUCAGCAAACUUGCCAGAAUUUCCUGUUUGCAGAAUCGUGGAGAUCUUCAGCAGACGACUUCAGGUGCAGGAGCGACUCACGAAGCAAAUCGCGAUAGCAGUCACAAAAGCUGUGCAGCCUGCAGGAGUUGCCGUCGUGGUGGAGGGAGUGCACAUGUGCAUGGUGAUGAGGGGCGUGCAGAAGAUCAACAGCAAGACAGUGACCUCGACGAUGCUAGGCGUGUUCCGGGACGAUCCGAAGACUCGCGAGGAGUUCCUGAAUCUCGUGCACAAUAAAUAAACGGUCGAGUCUCGUCGCGGUGUCAUUAUCGUUGGCCAUCGUGGGACCACUAGAUUUCAAUGCGUGACACCCCGACUGCUCUCCGACAUCCGACCGCUACCUCGUUGCGAAGCCCUCGCCCGUAGGGCUUCGGGAUCGUCGUCAUUGCCGUCGUGGUCACCGCGCAAAUCCCUCCCGCGUACAUUCCGUUUAUUUCUCCUCGACGACGGUUCCACGUACCUCUUUAUCGUAAAUGCGAUUGGGAAAGCCCAUGGGCGAUUGCUUUCCGGGACCAAGAUAGCGGAUGGGGGAGACGAUGUUCGACGCGCGUCCUGCGCUGAUUAUAAGGACGCGCUCAAACUGCUGAUCGAGUGACACUGACAAUAGCGAUGACUAUGACGCGUCAUGGUCAUCCGCGAAGACGUCUGCACGUCUCGGAAUGAUGCUGACGCGGAUGACUCGUAAAUGAUUUGAUGUUCGCGUCGCGACGAGGACGACGAGCGACGCAUUCCGGCAGGAAGGAACAGCGAAAAAAAAUAACGGUAUAAUAAUCCAAGGACGAAUUAUUCAAUGCGAUAAAACGUCUGUGGAAACGGAAAGUUGCUGCUGGAUCAGUGACAAUCCUAUCGUAAAGGGUCCACAUUCGCUGCGCCUUUGGCCGAGCGAGUUCGUCGCUCGAGGAGCUUUUUAGGAAAUUUUUCAACGAAGGUUGCUCCCGUCGAUCGCAAAUGACACAGUCGACGCGAUUUCUCAUGACAAUAAAUUGUACAUUCCGUAGAUUAGUGAAUUUUUUUAAAGAGAUCGCACUCGACUUCUUCGUUCGUUUGCGUCGACCGUACGAGCUUUCGGGAUUCACAGUUUUACGUCGUGUCUUCCGCGAUAUUCGACGUUUUAGCGCGCAUACUUUCCGCCGCUGCGAAAUUCGACAGCCACGGAUUUUGCAUUGCGGCUGAUUUGCGUCACGUGAUGACCUACUUUUAUUCGCCACGUUUAGUAUUCGUUAAUAGGCGCAUUUUGUUAUUAAGAAAAUUGAAACAAUAUUGCCAAAAAUUAAUCCAAUGCCACGUCCUUCCCGCAGCUCUUUUAAACUUCUAAAUUAAAUAUCUCGAUUCAAGUCAAAAUGCAUCGAAAUAUACACUUCGAGGUCACUAAAAAAUAACGUUUCGUUAUAUAUUUGCAAUUCUGAAACAUAAUUGAUCAAAGAAUUUUCUCUUAAUUAAUUAAAAAUCCAAAAACAUUCGCGCAUCUUAAUAGUUUUAUUUAGGAAGAAUUAUUUCAAAUCCACUUAUUACUGGAUGUUACAUAUUGUUCUUCUCUAAUGAAUGACCUCGAUUUAGUUUGAUUUCAUUUUAAGAGAACUCAUGAAAAAAAAUGUCGCGAAAUGCGCACUGCUUCAGCCAUGCAAUGCGCAUCGUGACGAGCUUUGAAAAACAUUGUUUUCAAAGUACACACACCGCAUUUGCCUACCCAUUCGUCGAGAUGUUUCCCAGGGAAAGUAAAAUGGUCCACCCUCGGAGAUUCAUUCUCGAGCAUCACGCAAUGCAUAUCAUUAAGCUAGAGUUAAUUCACUUUUUCGUAUUCUACAUUAGAGUGAAGAUAUUAUUAUCGCGAAUUUAUUUUUUAUAUAAGCGUCGUUAGAUCCAUGCGAUUACAAGAGAUAUCUAUUUUAUUUGGGAGUGUGAAAAUUUACAUAGAAGAUGUUACCUCUGUUGCACUUUAAUUUUUCGCGUACUUGCGGCUAGUCCACGAGUAUCGCGCCUCACAUCGUGAUUUUUACUGAUAUUUUAACGAUAUAAUAUAAGAUAAGUUUAUUAAUAGGCACAGUUUAUUGAGUACAUCGAUUUCUGUUAAAGUAUGUGAUUCAAAACUUCCUGCCUCAACAGACUGAAGUGACAGAACUUCGGUAUAUUCUCCGAUUAUACUUUCUGAACGUGAAAGGCUGGAGAGAGCUGUUCAAAUUAUACUUACGAAAGUAAACGUUCAAUAUUUGUAAUAUUUUUCUGACGAUAUUAUAUAAAAAGUUAUAUUUAUAUUUUCAA